GCUUUUCAGUCACAGAUCUCAGUGGAAUUAAAUAUAGAUAAAGGCCUAUAAGAAAGAUAAAGAUAUAAAGUUGAGGGAACUUUUUAUUUUCAUAUCCUCUUAUAUUUUUAAAACACAUACAACAUGCUUCAGGGUUUGCUUGGACUUUUUUAUUUCUCUGUGGUCUCUCAGUUAGUGACUUUCACAGGUACACAAGCUGAAUGUCCUUUAAAGCUCAACCCACCGAGUGUUGUUGUGGAGUACGGCAGCUCUGUUUCAGUGGAUUGUAGCACUAAUGAAACACAUGAUGGGAUGGGCUGGGAAGCCCCUGUAGGAUCAGUACCCAUGACCAAAGCCAAACUGAUCACCUUGAGAGUGUCUAACCUGAGACGAUGGGACAUACGGCCACAGUGCUACAUGAACUACAACAGGACGAAACAAUUUCAAUCUUUUCUCCCAAUCAUUAUUUACAAGACUCCAGAUAGUGUCUCCAUCAACACAGUGGAUCACACAGGACCAAUGAGAGAAGGCUCACAGUAUGAUCUCCAGUGUGACAUUGUGAAUGUGGCUCCUGUAAAGAAUCUUACUGUGAAUUGGUUUAAAGGAAAGACAGAAGUGAAAACUGAGACCUUCAAUGACACCAUCAAGACUCCAGUGAAUAAAACAUCUACACUUAACAUUACUGCAGUCAGAGAUGAUGAUGGAGCUCAGUACAGAUGUGAAGCAGAGCUUAAACUGGGAGCAGAUGGACCUCAACCUCCUCCUAAAGUUCCAUCAAAACCUUUUCAGACUAUAGUACAUUAUUCACCACAACACAUGGAUUCAAAGGAGAUCAUCACGAAAACAGAUGGACAGAUCACUCUGAACUGUACGGUAGCAGCAAAUCCACCUCCUACUUACUCCUGGUCCUCAGAGCAUUUAAAAGAGACGAAAAGUUCAGCAGUGCUCUCAUCCUCUACACUGACUCCAGGAAACUACACAUGCACUGCUACAAACACUCUAGGAGAAUCCAAAAAAGAGUUCAUCAUAAAUUCUGGAGGCAGUCGCAUCACAUUCAUGCUUAAUCUUACUUUUCUUCAGCUGCUGGUUGCUUUAAGGAUUGUCAUGUGAGGAAUGUACAAAAGGGAUAGUCCCAGAAGAUUAAUUCCACUUCUUUUUUUUUAAAGCAACUUUUUCACGACAGUCACUUUUUUGCAUUGACAUCUCACGAAUGUGAAACAUUGUGGAUAUUAUUCAUAACUUAAACAAACCACUGUAAAAAAAUUCCGUAGAAUUUUCAUCUGGGUUGCCGGUAACUUACCGUAGAUUCAAAUGUAUGUUUUUUACUGGCAACAUUUUGUUCAAAGUUAAAUGAAAAUUAAACAUUUACAAGUCUUUGUCUUUACAGAGUAAAACUAAAAAACAGCAUCAAGCAAAACAUUCUGGGAAACAAAAUCUGAAGCAAAAAACAGAAAAAGGUUGAUGAUGAUUUCUGGUUCCCAGAAUGCUUUGCAUGAGGCUGUUAUUGUAUAGUUUUAUUCUGUAAAGAUAAAGACUUGUUAAUAUUUAAAAUGUAUUUAACUUUGAACAAACUCUUGCCAGUAAAUAACAUAAAUGUAAAUCUACGGUAAAUUACCGGCAACCCAGCUGCAAUAACAUUGUAAUUUCUACGGAUUUUUUUACAGUGAAUGUAUUGUUGAAUUUUUAGGUGUGGACCCAUAUAUCAGCCUAUAAUUGGUAUCGGCAAAUAAAAGCAUUUACAUUGGCCGCAUUAUUUUGAAUUGCUUGAAAAUGUUAACAGUAACAGUAAAAAUUAAAACGAUCAGUGUAAGGCUGAGAAAAACUAUGAAAACAUGAAUGUAUUAAUUUCUCUGUCAUAGCCUUCUGUACCAUGUGCAUUCCUGUGCUCAUUGAGUAUUAGCAGAUUUGUUUGUCCUGUACAGUGGGGGUUAAAGGUGGUUUUCUGAUUGGUCAGUUUCAAUGUAUCAUUUUGGAUUUGUAACCAUUUCAAUUGUAACUUUAAGUCAGUAUACUGUUAAUAAACCUUUUCCUUUAUAAA